CGUCAUUUGUGAUGGAAGAAAGCCCAAAGUUCAAGUGAAGUACAGAGGUGAGACAAAAACAUUUGACCCGGAAGAGAUCUCCUCCAUGAUCCUGGCCAAGAUGAAGGAGAUUGCUGAGGCCUAUCUGGGACAGAAAGUAGCCAAUGCCUUCAUCUCUGUUCCUGCCCACUACAGUUACUCCCAGCGCCAGGCCAUCAGGGACGCUGCGUUGCUGGCUGGACUGAAAGUGCCAAGGAUCGUCAACCGGUCCACAGCUGCAGCCAUUGCUUAUGGGCUGAAUAAUCCCAAGACUGCUGAAUGCAACGUCCUCAUCUUUGACCUGGGCGCUGGCACUUGUAAUGUUUCCAUCCUUACCAUUAAAGAUGGUCUUUAUCAAGUAUUAGGCACAGCUGGAGACGCUCACCUGGGUGGGGCAGACUUUGAUCAUCGCAUGGUGGAUCAUUUCGUGAGGGAGUGUGAGAGGAAAUUUCAGAAAGACCUCAGCCAGAACAAGAGGGCACUGAUAAGGCUGCGCACAGCAUGUGAGAUGACCAAGAGAACACUGUCUACCAGCUCCCACGCCAGAAUUGAAAUCGACUGUCUUUAUGAAGGCAUUGAUUUCUACAGCUCCAUCACCAGAGAUCAAUUUGAGGAGAUGAACGCUGACCUGUUCAGGAGAACACUUGAUCCUGUAGAAAAAGCCCUGAGAGAUGCCAAGUUGGACAAGUCACAGAUCCAUGACAUCAAGCUGCUGCAGGAUUUCUUCAGUGGAAAGGACCUGGUCAGGAGCAUCAAUCCUGAUGAAGCAGUGGCCUACGGCACUGCAGUGCAGGCUGCCAUUGUCAGCGGAGACACGUCUAAGAACAUCCAGGACAUAGUGCUGGUGGAUGUGCUCCCAUGUUCCUUGGGCAUUAAGGUGGCUGGAGGAGUUAUGACCACCCUCAUCACCCGCAGCACCCAUAUGCCAUCCAAACGGACCAAGACCUUCACCACCUACUCAGACAACCAGUCUGAGGUCCUGAUCCAGGUGUAUGAAGGAGAAAGUGCCAAGACCAAGGACAACAACCUGCUGGACAUGUUUGUGCUAACAGGGAUUCCCCCGGCCCCACGCGGUGUCCCCCAGAUUGAGAUCACCUUUGACAUUGAGGCUAAUGGAAUUGGAUAUGUUUCAGCAAAGGUCAAAACCACUGGCAGAAAGAUCAACAUAACCAUCGCAAAUGACAAAGGCAGGUUGAACCAGGGGAAGAAUAAUAAUGUCUGGAGAGAGACAAGGAUUCAGGAGUAUUCAGGGCUGUUGGAGGUCAAAUGCACAUAAACGCAGUUUACACCUACAGUAUGUUUC